UAAACAAUGUACCCCAGUCACUUGCCAGGAAGUCCUGGAGGAGACAAAACUAGAUGUAAAGAUGAAAUUAGGACAAUUCUUAUGUAAGCGUUUAUACUCACGAGUUAUCACUGGCAGAAUAAAGCACGGUUCAGUUAUUUGAUAUGUCGAGAUCGAUCUAAAAUUGAAUCAAAAACCACGUAUCAAAUAACUAGUAAUUAAUGUCGUCGGCAUCGCUUGCUUAAGCUACUACCGGGUAAGGUAAGAUGGUUCAGAGCUUCUUCCAGCCAACAAAUAAGCAAACAAGCAAUUCAAGGCCGAGAAGAACAAGCAUUCUUUACUCAAAAUGGCGGGGAACAAGGAGCGGGAAAUUCAAAGCGGUUUAGCUGGUAAUUUUGAGGCUGAAAAGGACGACGAAGCGCAAGAGAAGGAGAUCUGCAACAAUUUUAGUCAUAUAAAAGAACUGUUGGACAUGUGUACACAGAAAUGUUUGGCCCCUGUUAGAUUUAAAAAGAUCUCCUCCUGCUUCAAGAAGGUCAGAGAGAAGAAUCCAGCAAUCUUUGACAGUAUUGUACCACAACUUAUUGAACAUUUGAAAGUCAACAUUGAGCAAGAACUUGAGCUCAUGUUUCAACAAGAGAAUCUGGUCCAUCUAUGUCAACAGCUGGAUGAACUACAACCACAGUCAAUUGGUCAAGAGGAGGCAUGGCGACCCUCUGGUACACCAAGUGAAGAUAUCAAAGAUCAUGUUCUAUCUGUUAAGUUAGAACUUCGUCAAAAACUUCGAGAUAAGCUGAAACAGUUGCAAGAUGAAAAUGAGACAUUAAAAAGAAGUUUACAUGAGACAAGAGAAGAAAUCACUGAAACAGAAAAGAGAAUAACUGCAAAACAUAAUGAACUACAAAAGAUAUCAUCAUCAUGCGAUUCUUUAACAACUUGCAAUAACAAUGAAGAUAACAAGUAUUCAUUGGAAGAAAUUAUAAAGGAACUCAACAGAUGAAAAAUCAAACAUGAAAUUUUAAAUAUAAUUCUCU